AUGCCGCCUAGACCAUUGCCCCAUCCAACCCACUCGGGGGGGGUGUCGAUCGCUACCUUGCAACAUCAGCCGUCGGAACUGGAACCUACGCCCGAGUCUCAAAUUGAUCCCGACGAAGAACCUGGUGAUGGACAGGAUGAGGAGACUGAGCAGGAACCAGAGCCUGAGCCUGAGCAGUACACGAUACAAGAUUGGGUCAACGCAGAGCCCAGCAUGGAGCACAUGAAUCUUCGCCCAGACGGAGAUCCCGAGGCAGGCUUGGCUUAUGCGCAAGAUGCGGCCAAUGGCAGGUCAAGAGGUUUUGUUGGAGGUUUUGUUACCGGGCUGAGGAAACUCCCAAAGGCGAUCACACGAAACCCAAUACGAGAGAGAAAGGUAUUGAAGAAGGAUCCUCAGGGUUUCUUCGAGGAUGAUAUUCCCGAGGCGCUCCCCCGCUACGACGACCCCGGUCAGCCUGUGGCAGGCCCAUCCAACAUUCGCUACGUAGAGGAGACAGAUAUGCCGAACGAACAGGUUUAUUCUUCUCAACAGCUCGAGCCGGAAAUGGUUCCCGAAGCGCGUACCUCACAAACGCCUCUUAGGAAUCCUCACGAAUCAUACAAUAGCGAUCGCACUGGAAAUUUCUAUGUCGGCGUUCCGGUGGCCGUGGAACCGCAGCCCACCAGCGACUACAGAGGGAUGAAGCCUCCCUCCGUUGUUCAGCAGAAGGAUGAGUCUUUGCGCACUUUCUGCUACAACGUCUAUGAUUUCUUCAUCAAGCUGGAGAAGCUUCCUUGGAUAUCGUCGCCCGUCACUUCGACAUACCGACCGGACGAAUCCGUCCGUGCGCGUCCCGUGGGCAAGGCGUCGAAGUCCUGGUAUAAUACCACGUCCCAGGAUCUAUCACACAAGAUACCCAUAGAUUCGCCAGCGGCAGCGAAGAUGGAGAUACGAGAUGAGGGUGCCAGGUCUCCUAGAUCGGCCCUCUCGACUGCGACGAGCAGGUCGUCUCAUUGCGCGAGCCAGUGUCCGUCAAGUCAUAGAGGGUAUUCGGCUAGCAACGUUAGCAGUCGCUUACCGUCUCCGAGGCCAUCGCACAGCAUGCAUAGCAGACACCGCAGCUCGAGGUUCAGUUAUCGGGGAUCACAGCAGAUCUUCCUCCAGGGAGGCAUCGAGGUUCCUUUCGAUCCAGUCACGAGGCAACCUAUACCGAUGUCUUUGGUUCCCAGGUCAUCACCUAUACUCGUCUCGUCAUCAUCUCCGCCACCAAGGCAGCCGUCUACCCACAUAUUUUAUAUGGAUUCUCCGCCGCCCGAACAUGCUGGGGAUGCUAGCAUGUCUCGCUAG